UAUCAUGUCAUAUCAAAACCAUUUUCUGAUGAAUUUGACUUUAUCCUACCAAAGCCACCCACCAACCACAUUUGAUCCGCUCACCACUACCCCAUAAAGCUGAAUCCAUUUUAUUCCUUUGCUUCAAUCAAAUUCUAAUUCGCAAAAUAAAGUUAUUGAAUUCAAUUGAAUUUGAUUCAAAACCCUGAAAAAAGAGGGCAAGAAAGAAAAUAAAGAAUGUGCCCUUUGAGAAUCAUUCUCAUAUUCUUGUCAGCAACACUCGCGGGUUUCUUUGUUCUCAGAAACCUCAGAUCUCAACCUCAGCUCAACGAAGGCAAUGAUGAUCCUUCUUUAACAAAUUCUGCUCCUACAUAUCCCAAACCCUCCGAUUCUUCAAAAUUUUCAAUUACAAAGGUUCGCGCUGCUUUAGAAUCUGGGUUUUGGUCCUUCCUUGACAUGGCUAGCGGGCGUUACCUUUGGAGACAUAUCGUCUCUUCUUCCUCUACAAAACGGUCUUGUUGAUUUGCCAAUAAAAUUGUUAUGUUUAAUACUGUUAUUAAACCUAAUUCAGCUGUAUGAUCAUGAAUUCAUUAUAGAAAGAGGGAGAAAAGACGCGCGCGCAGGAGGGGGGAUGAAAAAUUGAAAAUUUCCUCUAAUAUUCAUGAUUGCAAGUCUUUGUGUCCAUUUGGAUAUCGUAUACUCUCUGUAUCAUAACUGAUAACUGUUGUUUGGAUUGAUACCCUUUCAUGUUUGUUUUAAGAUUAGCCAUGAACAUUUAUGCUAACGAAGGGAGAUAGAUAAUGUACUUUAAAUAGGUGGAGCUUCUAAGGUGUAAUUUGGAAACUUGGUUGUGUCUAUCUCUUGUUUAACUUGAAAUGAUCAUGUAAAAAUGUUGUAUCGUAACCCCUCUUGUUCACAGUAUUGUUGUUGUUGGUGGUAGUGGUUUUCAUUGGUGGAAAUCAUAACUUGCAUUGAUAAUAAUAAUAAUAGUUAUCCUCUUUUCUGACU